AUUCCUCUGAAUUUUACACUCUUGCCAAUUUGUUUAUUUUCCUCCCCAGUUUCCCUCAUUAAAAAAUCGGGGAUUUUUUUUAAAAAAAAAACAAAUCUCACGACCCAUAUUUUUGUUUUGUUUUUUCCUUCCUUUUUCUGUUGGGAUUUUGUUAACUAGUAAUAGCAGCUUUGGCGGGUGAUGCCAACGCCGGUCGGCACAGCGAGGCAAUGCUUGACGGAGGAGGCAGCGCGUGCACUGGACGAUGCUGUCACCGUGGCGAGGCGGCGGAGCCACGCGCAGACGACUUCACUACACGCCGUCUCAGCACUUUUAGCUCUCCCGUCCUCCACCCUCCGCGAGGCCUGUGCACGCGCCAGGAGCAGCGCCUACUCCCCACGAUUGCAGUUCCGAGCUCUGGAGCUCUCCGUCGGCGUUUCCCUCGACCGGUUGCCCACGACUAAACAAGACGAGCCGCCGAUAUCCAACUCGCUAAUGACCGCCAUCAAAAGAUCCCAAGCCAAUCAAAGAAGACACCCCGAAACUUUUCACCUUUAUCAGCAGUUGCAGCACCAGAAUAAUAUUAUUAAUUGUAGUAACACUAGCUCGUCAUCUCCACCCUCGAUUUCGACCGUCAAAGUGGAACUAAAGCAUUUUAUACUGUCAAUUCUUGAUGACCCCAUUGUCAGCAAGGUUUUUGGGGAGGCCGGCUUUCGGAGCUUCGAUAUAAAGAUGGCAAUUUUAAAUCCCCCCAAUGUUUCGAGGUACUCGAAAGCUCGGUGCCCACCUCUUUUCUUGUGUAAUUUGAGUGAUUUAGAGCUAAGUAAACGUGGGUUUAGCUUCCCUUUUUCUGGGGCUCUGGCAAGUGAUAGUUUGGAUGAGAAUUCUCGGAGGAUUGGUGAGGUUCUUGUGAAAAAGACUGGGAAAAAUCCGUUAUUGGUUGGGGUUUGUGCUGAUGGUGCGCUUCAUGAUUUCACAGAUGUUGUCAACAAAGGUAAAGUUGGAAUCUGGAGAGAAAUUGAUGGGUUAGGUGUCGUUUGUUUGGAAAAGGAGAUAUCCGAGUUUUUGCAGGCGGGUGGGAAUGAGGAAAUGAUGAGGUUUAAGUUUAAGGAAGUCGAUGAUUUAGUUAAGGCUAAUAAAGGAAAUGGUUUACUUGUUAGCUAUGGUGAGUUGAAGGCUUUUGUGGGCGAUGAGGAAUCUGGGGAGGCAGUGAACUACGUCGUUUCUCAAUUAAGUAGAUUGGUGGAGGUUCACUGUGGGAAGUUAUGGUUAAUCGGAUGUGCGGCUAGUUAUGAUACUUAUAUGAAGCUUUUAGGUCGGUUUCCAUCAAUUGAGAAAGAUUGGGAUUUGCAUUUGGUGCCUAUUACUUCAUCCAAACCUCUGGUGGGAGGAGUCUACUCCAGACCCGGCUUGAUGGGGUCAUUUGUCCCAUUUGGUGGCUUUUUCUCUACACCAUCUGAUUAUGAAAAUCCAUGGAGUAUCAAGAAUCAACCCAUGGGUCGGUGCAACGUAUGCAAUCAAAAGUGUGAAGUAGAAGCAUCUGUCAUACAGAAAGGAGGAUCCGCUAUUUCAGUUGCUGAUCAAUGCUCAGCAAAUCUAUCUCCUUGGCUGCAGAUUAUGGAGCGUGACAAAAACAAGAGAUUGGGUGUAGAAGAGGCCAAAGAUGAUAGAACAGAUUUGAAUGCCAAGCUAUUGGCCCUCGAAAAAAAGUGGAAUGAUAUAUGCAAGCAUCUUCAUCAGACAAUGUCAUUCCAGCAAAAUAUUUCAGAGGCCAGGUCGCAAGUUCCAAAAGCUGAUACCCUUCAGUUUGUUUCUGCUAGGAGUGAGAGCAGUAUUACAGAUUCACUGCUUGAUGAGAGAAAACCUGCAAAACCAAAUUCUUGCAUGCCCUUGGACUUGCAACCACCUCCCUGCAUUGCCCUGGAUCAAACAACAUCAUCGUCUAUAACCUCUGUUACAACAGAUUUGGGGCUUGGAACCCUUUACACAUCUGCUUUGGAAGAGCCUACUAAACCAAUAUUUCAAGAGUAUAAAGAUUGCCUUGACAAUUCAGGUUCAGUUUCUGCUAAUACAUCUAGUGAGAACACCUCGAAUCAUGUUGCCCAAUCUUCUCCCUGCUCUGUGCCUCCAUCAGAUGGAAAUGAUUUCAAGAACAUUUGGAGGGUUCUUUCUGAAAAAGUUGGUUGGCAAGAUAAGGCUGUUUAUGCCAUUCACCAAACUGUGGCUUCUUGCAGAAAUGGGCAUGGAAAAAGACUUGGUUCGAACAAAGGAAAUAUUUGGCUCAGCUUUCUUGGACCAGACAAGGUGGGAAAGAGAAGAAUUGCUGCUGCACUUGCUGAGGCAAUUUUUGGCCGCAGAGAAAGCUUGUUUCAAGUUGACCUUUGCUUCAUAGAUAAAGUUAGACGCUCAAACACUAUUUUUGACCGUGAAGAUCUGAAAGGUUGUGCUAAACUUUAGGGAAAGACCAUGGUUGACUACAUUGCCGAGGAGCUGAGCAAGAAGUCUCAUUCAGUCGUGCUCUUGGAGAACAUAGAUAAGGCUGAUUUCCUUCUUCAGAACAGUUUGUCUCAAGCUAUCAGAACUAACAAGUUUCCAAACUCCCAUGGGAGAGAAAUCAGUUUGAACAAUAUGAUUUUUGUGUUUACUUCAAGGGUUUCAAAAGGCUGUGAUGGCUUCCUCUCUGGGCAGACAUCCACUGAGUUCUCAGAAGAAAGAAUUCUGGCAGCCAAAGACGUGCAAAUGCAAAUUUCAGUUGGAUGUGAUUCUGCAGAUGUGGUCAGAGUUAAAAGUACAAAUUUAAUGAUCACUUCAAAAAAACAAUCAGCCUCUCUAUCUGCAGGUAAAAGAAAGUUGAUUGAUGAUCUUGAAUCUGCUGAAAACAGGAUGCUGCCAGUACCAAAACGCAAGCCCGAAGCUACAAGGUCGUCUUUUGAUUUAAAUAUGCCUGUGGAGGAGAUGGAACAAGACAAUGAUUGUAAUAGCAGUGACUAUGACUCUGGCUCUGAGAAUACAAAGGGGUGGUUGGAAGAUUUCUUGGACCAAAUGGAUGAAAAUGUGGCCUUCAAGCCUUUCGAUUUUGAUGCUCUUGCUCAGAAAGUUUUGAAGGAAAUCAGCCUAGGAUUCCAGAAGAUAGUUGGAUCUAACUUUCGCCUGGAGAUUGAGUCAGAAAUAGUGGUGCAGAUACUUGCAGCUGCUUGGUUAUCAGAGAGAAAGAAAGCUGUGGAGGAUUGGAUUGAAGGAGUUCUCUGUACGAGCUUUACGGAAGCCUUACAAAGGUGCACCCGUACCCCUGUUGCUGUAAAUGUGAUGAAGUUAAUUGCUUGUGAAGAUCUCCUUGUGGAAGACCAUAGUGCUUUAAUCCGGCUUCCCUCGAGACUAACUAUAAGUUGAUCUUUUCCCUUGAUUGGGUAGGUUUGCAUGUAAUUGAUGAAUGUAUAUGAAUGGUUAUGUAAUUAGUAUCCUGGCCUUGUUUUCGGAGGUGCGAUGUAAUUUUCUGAGUCCACUUUUGUUGAUUAGUGUAUAAUUGGAUAGCUAAUCAAUAGAAAAUUUUACUCCAUUUAUGAAUGUGAUUUUUCUUGAGAUAGCU